CGGAAAUAAAUCUAUGAAACACCGGAAGAGUUGUAGAUUAUAGUGUUGCGUUAAUGGCCACUUGUAGUUGCUGCUUUCCUUUAAUGAUGAUAACACUAUUUUUGUAUAUCCUUCUUUAUCUUCAGCCGGUGCCGUGCAGUAAUGUUGAGACUAAAGCAAGUCAGCUCUUCAGCAGUGGUCACACCAACAACUGGGCUGUUUUGGUGUGCACUUCCAGGUUCUGGUUUAACUACAGGCAUGUUGCCAACACCCUCUCGGUGUACAGAAGUGUCAAAAGGCUGGGUAUUCCAGACAGUCAUAUUGUGCUGAUGCUGGCGGACGAUAUGGCCUGUAACCAUAGAAACCCAAAGCCAGCCACUGUCUUCAGCCACAAGAACAUGGAACUGAAUGUGUAUGGGGACGAUGUGGAGGUGGAUUACCGGGGAUAUGAGGUUACAGUGGAGAAUUUCCUCCGUGUUCUCACUGGAAGGCUACCUCCCAGCACCCCUCGGUCCAAACGUCUGCUGUCUGACGAUCGUAGCAACAUCCUCAUUUAUUUGACUGGUCAUGGAGGAAAUGGUUUUCUGAAGUUCCAGGAUUCUGAAGAAAUCAGCAAUGUGGAGCUGGCGGAUGCUUUCGAGCAAAUGUGGCAGAAAAGAAGAUACAACGAACUGCUUUUCAUCAUUGACACCUGCCAAGGUGCUUCCAUGUAUGAGAGAUUCUACUCGCCCAACCUGAUGGCCCUGGCCAGCAGCCAGGUGGGGGAGGACUCACUGUCGCACCAGCCUGACCUGGCAAUCGGAGUCCACUUGAUGGACCGCUACACCUUCUACCUGUUGGAGUUCCUGGAGGACAUCCAUCCAGCCAGUCAGACCACCAUGAACGACCUGUUCAAGGUAUGUCCAAAGAGCCAGUGCGCAUCAACCCCCGGACACCGAACCGACCUUUUCCAGCGGGACCCCGGCAGCGUCCUCAUCACCGACUUCUUUGGCAGCGUGCGCAAGGUGGAGAUAACCAAGGAGACGGUCAACCUGACCACUCCCAUUGUGUACGAGGACCACGAAAACCCAAACAGAAGGAUUGGCACCCCCCAGAUGGCUUCAUUCUGGGCCUUUGGACCCUCAUCCUGCUUGUGUUCUUCAAGACCUACGGCAUCAAACACCUCAAGCACAUCUUCUAAGACCCUCCCCCAAGCUCUGCCUGGGGGUCCCAAGCCUCUUGUAGUGGGUGAGAAAGGAAUCUGCCACAUUACUGGAAUGACCCCAUUCCACCUCCUCCUUUGACUUUUUUUUUUUUUUUUGGCUGACUUCGAUGUGGUAGGAUGCUGUACCAACACACUCGUGGUGUACUCUUUGGUACCAGUAACAAAAGGUUGCAGGAGCUUGACAAGGGUCCUCACGUCAUUCUGGAUACAACAUGACAGCUCUUUUUUGUUUGUUUUUUUUUGUUUUGUUUUAAUAACUUAAAUGAUUGACUUUGAAAGCACGCAGGGCUUAACAGUUGAGUCGUGACACAGUACAAGAAGCCAACUUCUAUGCUCGACAAAACUUUCUCUCUUGAGAACAGUCCAGUUAUUGUGGGAUCGUGUUUUGCCCUGUGAAUGGACGCAUUGUUUACUGAGAGCCAAGUUAUGAAGAUUUGCGCCUGUCCCUUUCAUUCCUCAGCAAGCCGUUAUUUAUUAUCUGCCGUUUCAUACGUUCUGCACUCGGCAUCAGACUGAGGCGUGAUGGAUCGCCUGCCGCACGGACGAAGGGCUCCAAUGUGGAUUUCAUUCCGCUGAAAGCCUGCCCUGUUUUACAUAUUUUAGCAGUAGCCGCAGCUUAAAUGGAAGGGCAGUGCGGGCGCUUUUUAUGGGGCUUGCUGUGGCUGGGUGCUGAGCUCGGCCCUGGGGGGAGCGCUAACAGCCGGCCGAGCCAACGCUGCCACUGUAGGCACGGGAGCUAAUGCAUUUCGGCACCCCUCCUCCCUCUCGUAGAAGACCAUGUUCUAAUGUGAUGGAUAAUGCCAUUCGAUCACCGCGGCCCGGUUCUUUCCAUUUUUCCAAAUGGCCUCAAUGUAAAUAUCUACUAGUUUCCAUUCUCACCCCACAGUCCAGAAUUUUAUUUAUAUUCUUUACAGGUAAAUGGGUUUUCUCCCCUCUUCCUAAUGUCGUUGGCGAAAGAUGAAAAACCAGUCAGAGGGAUCGUUGGCACCGCAGCGGUCCGACUCAGGACCCCGUAAAUGGACACCACUACACUGAUAUGGUGAAAGCAAAGGCAGUAUAGGGGUGAAACUCACUGCUUUGCUCCUUAUGUACUUUUUUUUCUGCUGCCUAUUAUGUUUAGCUUUGCAAAGUCUUGAUAUGAUUCCCCUAUAAAAUGGUGCCGUUGCAAUAAAAGAUAAUGGUGCUUCCCAAAAGGUGACACGCCAGUCAUAGUAAGAGCACUCGAAUAUGGUAAUGUACUCUUAGCCGGUGGCUGCUUGCAGUUUCUCUUAGGUUCAGUGUCAAUUCGAACCUGUUUGCUCGUAACGGCCUCCUUGGUACUACUGUGAAGGACGACGGCACGUUUGAAUGGUCUCUUGGCUGCAAGUGUGGUUACAUUAUAAAAAGGAAUAAAAGAAAGUAUACAUGUACAAGUACAAAGGCAGUGUGUGAUACCAGAGAAUCCUUUCAUUCAUCCAUCGGAAAUACAUCUAAACAUACAGAGCUCUCUUAUUCACAAGCUUUACGAAUUUAAAGUAGCUUUCAAAUACACAUUGGGUUCUUAGACCUUUCGCCCUCCUCUUUGUUCAUUUUAUUUAAUGAAGGGUUUAGCUCCGGCAUAAAUUCUUUCUGUCUCUCACUGGGUGACAAAGGGGACUUUUCACUAAGAUGAUGCAGGUCUGACUCACAGAAAAUGUCCAUCUGUUGUAAUUAUUGAGCAGUACUUAACCCAACUAUGUUCUACUGUUUCAAAUAAGUAAAAGAAAAAUUUAAUUUCUGUAAGUAUUUUUCUGUGCACCUUUGCUAACCUUCUUUACGCUGUUGUAACUGGUUGAGUGAAGGCAGCAGGUAAAUAAAAAAAA